AUGGAGGCCAACACUGGCCCAGACACCUACUAUGUGCAUGUGUACAGUGAUGGCACGGUGGUUGACAUGGCACCCGUGAAGGUGGUCAGCUCCUGCAAUCUGGACAUCUACACUUUCCCCUUCGACAUUCAGAACUGCACGUACAGCUUCAACUCCUACCUACACGCAGCUGAUGACAUUCGCCUGACGCUGGAGGCGGCUGCGGAGGACAUCCUGGACACAUCCAACGCCUUCAUGGAGAUGCAGGGCGAGUGGGACCUGAUCAACAUGACGUCAUUCCAGCCCAACAUCACCGACCCGCACAUGUGGGAUUACCUCUACAUUCAUCUGAUCCUGAGGCGGCGGCCCACCCUGUACGUGGUGAACCUGAUCAUCCCCAGCUGCUUCCUCAUCACUCUGGACCUGUUCAGCUUCAUUCUGCCCCCACAGAGUGUGGACCGCUCAGCCUUCAAGAUGACCCUCAUUCUGGGCUACACCGUCUUCCUGCUCCUCAUGAACGAGCUGCUGCCCGUCACUGGAAACACCAUUCCACUCAUCAACGUCUUCUUCUCUCUCUGCCUGGCGCUGAUGGUGGCAAGUCUCCUGGAGACCAUCGUCAUCACCAACAUCCUGCACAGCGCCAGGGACAGGACAGUGCCUCGCUGGCUCCGAACUCUCGUCCUGGAGGUCAUGGCUCGCCUCGUCUGCCUGGUCCAGAAGAAACCAGAUGACCAGGUCCUAGUGAUGCAGAAUCAAAUGGCGCCCGUGAUUCUGAGUGUAGAUGCGAGUGAAGCAGUGGAUAGUGACCCACAUCUGCAAGUGCUUCAAAACCUGGAGAAGGAGCUGCAAGCCAUCCGACAGCAGCUGGAGAAGAACAUGAGAGUUGACAAGAACACAGAGGACUGGAUGCAUAUUGGCAGAGUCGUCGAUCGCUUCUUAUUCUGUGUCUACAUCCUCUUCAUCACCUGCAGUUUCAUCACUAUUUUAGUUAUAUGGACUCACUGGUACAAGCUCUAA